AAAGAGCUCUCAAACGCCAUGGCAGAUGUUAUCCAGAGACGACCAAUCCACCACCCACCAUGUUGCUCUUCAACCUCGCCCUCCUCGCCUCUGCAAUAGCAGCCCAACUAUCCUCCAACCUCACCCAAAUCACAAACUUCGGCCCCAACCCCCGAAAUGUAUCAAUGUACAUCUACGUCCCCUCUCCCCUGCCCAAAAACGCGCCCAUAAUGGUCGUUCCCCACUGGUGCACGGGCACCGGCCCGCAAGUCUUCGCCUCUCGCCCCUACGCAUCCCUCGGUGAUCAAUACGGUUUCAUCUCCAUCUACCCCUCCUCCGCAGACCCAGGUCACUGCUGGGACGUCAGCAGCAAUCAAUCCCUCACACAUGAAGGAGGUGGGGAUGCCCUCGGUAUCGUGUCCAUGGUGCGCUGGACGCUGCGGAAGUAUGGCGCGGAUAAGAACCGCGUGUUCGUCACCGGCACCAGCUCCGGCGCCAUGAUGACAAACGUCCUGGUGGGCAGCUACCCCGAUGUGUUUGCCGCCGGCAGCGCCUUCGCCGGCGUGCCAUUUGGAUGUUUCGCAGGCAACGGGUAUACGGUUUGGAACGACGACUGCGCUAAGGGACGGAUCGUCAAGACGGGCAAGGAGUGGGCGGCGCUCGUCAAGGCGGCGUAUCCCGGGUACAAGGGGUUCAGGCCGAAGAUGCAGAUCCUGCACGGCACGAACGAUACCACACUGUACCCGCAGAAUUUCAGGGAGGAGAUCAAGCAGUGGACUACCGUGUUGGGCGUUAGUGAGAUCCCAACGGAGACUAAGCGGGAUACGCCGCAGGUGGGCUGGACGAGGACGCGGUAUGGGAGGGAGGUUGAGGCGUAUGAGGCUGCUAACGUCACGCAUAAUAUUCCUGAUCAGCCGGAUGUGUUGAUGGCGUUUUUCGAUCUGAAGUGUAAGGGGGCGAGGUGCUUUUCGAGGGUUUCGGGGCAUUAGAUGGGAGAGGAGGACGAGAUGUGUAUAUCUACGAAGAUUGGGC